GGCAGCGAGCACAGCACAGAGUACCUACAGCAACUGUUGUUUUAUGUACUUAUUUACAUUAAUUAAUUUACAAUCAAAAAAAACGCAGAACUUUAUCUGAAGAGCAACGUUCAAAGUUCAAGAAACAUGGAUAUUAUCAUUAAAGUCAACAAUCAGUCAAAUGGAAGAGAUAAAUUAGCCAGACUAGUACAAUACACAAGCCGUCUGAUUUGGCAUCAGUUGGAGACAAGAAAUGCAAACAAAUACUCAGUGGACCGUAUCAAAAAUCUUGAACUUACAUUAAGUUCUUUCCGGAAAAUAUUACGAUUGGGGAGAUGUGUAGACAUUUGUUACACAGCAUUAGAUACAAUGCACAUUGAGGAUCCAGUCUUAAGAUUUUGCUUGACUACAAGCAAACUGGCACAUUCUCUGUACUUGUAUGCGGACCAUGUAGUGUGGCUUACAAAGAGUGGUUUCUUGAAGACCGACACCGAGAACUGGAACCGUACUGCAAACAGAUUUUGGCUUUUGUCAAUUGUCGCUAAUUUAGCAAGAGAUUUCUAUGAAAUAUAUCAUUUGUUAGAGUUAAAUAAAUCAACAUUUCUCAAACCAUCAGAGCUAUUAAAUAGUUCUGUGAGAAGUUUUGACUUAUGUCAGGGUAUGAAGCAUAUGUACAUGCUUAUGAACUGUCAUAAGGAUGUUUUCAUAGACACAUUAAAAAAUUCUUGUGACCUGUUCAUUCCGUUAACAGCAUUAGGUUUUACGAAAUUGAGUCCCAGUGCUGUCGGUACUCUAGGAGCGGUAUCUUCUCUGGCUGCACUAGUGACACUUGUAAAACCAAUUACAAAAUUAGUUCCAACGUGAAAUCUGAUUGUUUAUCCAUACUUUCAUUGGACAUGGUUUAAAAUUGUGAUACAUAUCCGAUAUGGUUAUUUUUGCUCUUAAAUUUAGCUGUUGUAAGUACAAUCAAUUACUUAAAGGGAUGGGUAAAUAUUGUUAUAAUCAAUAGCGAUACGAUAUUGUUUUGAUAAAAGUUCAUUUAAUUGUCAUUUAUUAAAGUUAGGACUUAAUUAUUAAAUAUUUUAAGUUCUUGUUACUUAAGUUUUAAACAAGUAUGAAAUACUUAAGUUUC